AUGCUUGUAACGACUAGAUACGGCGCCAUGGCCGGUUUAUUUCUAUCAACGUACGACGUGUUAAUGUAUUCACACGCAACUGGAUUGGGGAACAUGUUGAGGCGUUAUGCCUACCACACGGUGCCUCUUGCUCUGACUGGCGCUACAUUCGCGGCCGUUGCCAACGGAGUGCAACACCUUAGAAAAAGGGAUGACCCUCUCAACUAUUUUAUUGGUGGAGUUGCUUGUGGUCCUAUACUAGCUUACUACUUUGGUUCCUAUUACGCAUUGUUCGUGGGAGGACUCUGCCUGGGUAUAGCUGGCGCUAUUAAAAAAGACGCUGUUGAUAAUGAAUUCGACCUACUACCUCAGGUAAAACUUACGGCUCCUGUGGAUGGCUGGAGAAGAGAUUACACAUUAGUACAAGAUCCUAGAGACAUUCUCAUUCAUACAUGCGGCAAAGAAAAUGAGAAAUGA